AUGGACGUUAACGGUGGAGUAAACGUCCACCUGCAGCCCAUGGAGGACCCCCGUGACAGAGCAUGUGGAUGCCUGAAGGAGGGUGUGUCUCCGUGGCAAGACCAUGAUGGAAGCCGGCUUCUGACAGGACCUGUGGCCCCAUGGAGAGAGGAGUCCAUGCGGGAGCAGGUUUCUGUGCUCGAGAGGCAGAUAUUUGACUUCCUUGGUUAUCAGUGGGCACCCAUCCUGGCAAAUUUUAUACACAUUAUUAUAGUCAUACUUGGCUUAUUUGGAACCAUCCAGUAUAGACCUCGCUACAUAACUGGAUAUGCCGUCUGGCUGGUCCUUUGGGUUACGUGGAAUGUGUUUGUUAUCUGCUUCUAUUUGGAGGCUGGGGACCUUUCAAAG